GACGGAACGUCCGGUGGAGUGAAAUGAUAUCAUCGCCUGAGUUUGGAGAAUAGAGAACGAGCCAUAUUACUUUCGGUAGAAAAUGUCGGGUGACAGAGCUAAAAAUUCCAGGCCUUAUUUAGUUUUAAAUGUCAGUUAUGUAAAAAGCAUUCAAGGGAUUAUUAAGUGUGUCCAACUAUUUUUAGGAUUAUUAUGCUUGGGCCUUAUAUUAUACUACUGCACUCGGGAUCGUUUUGGUGUAGCGGAAUAUCAAGGAUUUAAAGGAUCAUUAUCUGAAACCUAUUUUUUCCUGGUAACAUUCAGUUGUUUACAUGGUACUGCGACUCUGUUAAUUUCUUACGUGAUAUCCUUAUCAACUGCAACAGUUUUGCCGAAAACUACAACUGAGCUGAUUUAUCAUGGAUUUGCUUCCGUUUUUUAUUUGACAAGUAGCUUGGCUCUAAUGAUAACAAUAAUACAGAGAAAUAGUAAACUGGUAUUAUAUCGGGAAAGAGGUUAUGCUGGACUUAUAACUGCUUCGGUAUUUGGUUUAAUAAACACGGGCCUUUACGUGACCAGUUUUAUGUAUUCCUACAUAAUGUUUAAAGGCACAUAAGUCUUAAUAUAUUUGUUCUAAUUAUAUAUAUUCGUUAUUAUGCAAUCUUUGUUAGUGUCGUCGUCAUAUAAUUUAUAUUCCUAUUUUAUGUUGUGUUUUUAUAAAAUUUCUAUAUUUUAUUCGUUUUGUAUUAUAAAGUUAAUAAAAUUAUUCCAUGAUAGUUUACUGGCAAAAUACCUUUUUAAUGCACCAUAAACUCUCAAUGCUGCUUCAAUGCAAAAAGUGUGUACAUACCGGAAAGGAGUCAUCUGUAUGGCACGUCACCAAAUCACGUGAGAGUGAUGGGGAAAAAAUAUCCUGGGACCGAUUUUUUUAGUUUUAGAGACAAGAGUUUCGAACGAGAGAAUCAGUAGGGUUGAGGAAGAGCGAAGAUGCCAACAGUUGUAGUAACUCGACCACAAACGCAAGUUCCUCAAAGUGGAUGCUGUUCCUGCUUACAUACAGCAUUCCUAUCGGAACGGGUUGGAGUUUGCAAGCUUGCAGAAGUUGUAAGUACAGUACAUACUUAUAACAAUCUAUAUAUUGUCUUUGUUCUCUACAUAUUUCGGUAAAAGCGUUUAAUUUUAAUUAUAAAGAAUUGUUUCAAUAAUUUUUAACAAUUUAUAUAUUUUAUUAUCGUUGUCUAAUUUCUUAACUCUAAUACAUUGUUGGAUAAAAUGCUUUGUAAAGUUAUAAAUGAUCAAUACAUAAAAGUAAAGGUUUGUUCAGAACGUGCCAUUAAUGUACGACGAUACAAGCAAGAUUCAGUGCCAUUUGACAAAAAUAACUUUAUUUCUCCGAGGUCGACAGCCAGACGUCUGUUAAGAUUACGUUGCAGACCUUCAAAAAACUCAAAGGUUUUUGACCUGGCCAUCCUAAAAUAUUAAUGAAACAAUACAAUUUUAAACAAAACAUUUAAAAAAUUGUUAACUUUUGUAAAAUGUCUGCUUGCUCUUAAAAUUUAUUAUUUAAUUUUAAU